AUGGUUUCAGAGGAGACAAUCAAAGAAUGGAAGGCCACGAAGACCAUUGGGAUAAUAGGUCUUGGAGAUAUGGGCCUGUUGUAUGCCCGUAGGUUUUCAGAAGAUGGAUGGAAAGUUGUUGGAUGUGAUCGUGAAGAAAUUUAUCAAGAUACUAAAGAAAAAUAUUCUAAAGAAAAGUUUGAAAUCCUGAAGAAUGGUCAUUACGUUUCAAGAAUUAGUGAUUACGUGAUCUAUAGUGUUGAAGCUGAAAAUAUUAAAAAAAUUGUUAAACAAUAUGCUCCAUCUACAAAAAUUGGUGCUAUAGUUGGUGGUCAAACUUCAUGUAAAGCUCCAGAAAUUGAAGCAUUCGAAGAAUAUUUACCAAAUGAUGUUGAGAUAAUAAGUGUUCACUCACUACAUGGUCCAAAAGUUAAUACAACUGGACAGCCAUUAGUUGUGAUAAAUCAUAGAGCAAGUUUGAAAAGUGAAGAAUUUGUGAAGACUUUAGUAUCUUGUUUAAGAUCCAAAAUUGUGGAUUUGACAGCUGAUGAACAUGAUAAAAUCACUGCUGAUACACAAGCGGUAACACAUGCUGCAUUUUUAAGUAUGGGUGUUGCAUGGCAUAAGAUGAGAUUGUAUCCAUGGAAGUCUUCAAGAUGGAUAGGUGGGUUAGAAAAUGCCAAAAUCAACAUUUCCUUGAGAAUAUUUUCAAACAAAUGGCACGUCUAUGCUGGUUUGGCAAUUACAAAUCCAUCAGCUCAUAAACAAAUUAUGCAAUAUGCUCAAUCUACUACUGAUUUAUUCAAAUUGAUUAUUGAGGGUAAAAAUGAAGAAUUAAAAGAACGUGUUUACAAGGCAAAGAAGUUUGUGUUUGGCCACUUGGGCUCAGAUCAUGAUUUGUUAUUAGAUGAUGAACUGCUACAGCAAUUUUCAUUGAGCAGGGAGCCACCAGGUGAACAACAACCAAAUUCACAUCUUUCAUUAUUAGCUAUCGUUGAUAGUUGGUAUCAAUUGGGGAUUGUUCCAUAUGAUCAUAUGAUUUGCUCCACACCACUAUUCAGAAUAUUUUUAGGUGUCAGUGAAUACCUAUUUUGCUCGCCAGGAUUGUUAGAGAAAGCAUUGAGUGAUGGAUGUAGUGAAACUGCAUUUAGACCGGAUGAUCUAGAAUUCACAGUAGCUGCAAGAACUUGGAGUAAUAUUGUUUCAUUUGGUGAUUUCAAUUUAUACAGAAGAGAAUUUGAAGCAACACAAGAUUUCUUUGCACCAAUGCUACCAGAAGCCAACGCUUUAGGAAACGAAAUGAUCAAGACCAUUCUAAAUAAAGUUAGAGAAAAGGAAGAGAAAUAG